GCUCAAACCUUGAUUUUGAUCAUAAUGACCAUGAGAUGUGAUUGGGAUUUGCAGGCUGAAAAGGCAAGCUCGCGAAUGAGGAUGUUGGCAACUCCAUCUUCUAAAGCGUAGACAGCAUCACCUUGGGAAAGCAGGAAAGCCAGUUUAAUGGGGACUUUAUUGAAUCAAAUCAUAACUUGUAAAAGGGAGAGUAUUGAGUUAAUAGAUGUUGGCAAGCAAAAGAUCAAUGAGAAUUUGAACUCCAAAAACGAAAAUGGAGAAAGGUGUAAUUACAAAUGGAGGAAGAAGGGAGGAAAGAUUGGGGCCAUUGUUGGAUGGAAGUAAUGGAUAUCAUAGUCGAAAUAAAAAUGAUUUAGCAAGGAGGGUAUGGAUCGAAUCAAAAAAGUUAUGGCAUACUGCUGGUCCUGGUAUAUUCAAUCGUAUUUCUGCUUUUUCCAUUACUGUUUCCACUCAAGCCUUUGCUGGUCAUCUGGGUAACCUUGAGCUUGCCUCAGUUGCCAUCUCCAUUAAUGUGUUCUUUGGUUUCAGCUUCGGCUUAAUGUAUGGAAUGGCAAGUGCAUUAGAGACAUUGUGCGGCCAAGCUUACGGAGCUAAGAGAUACCAUAUGUUGGGAAUUUUCCUGCAACGUUCAUGGAUUGUUCAGUUUGUCACCGCAAUUUUACUUCUACCGCUUUUCUUUUUCAUUUCACCAAUUCUUAGAUUCUUAGGUCAGCCAGACGAUGUAGCUGAACUAUCAGGGUUAUUGAGUUUAUGGCUGAUUCCACUUCAUUUUGCAUAUGCUGUUUCAUUCCCAUUACAAAGAUUUCUUCAGAGUCAACUUAAGGCAUAUGUUUCUGCUGGGGUUGCUUUGUUUGCGGUAACGGUUCACAUUUUCAUGAGCUGGUUAUUUGUUUACAAGCUUGGUGUCGGUAUAAUUGGAUCUGUUAUCACUGUCAGUAUCUCAUGGUGGAUUAUAAGUUUAGGAUUAUUUUGUUAUGUUGUUUGUGGGGGUUUCCCUGGAACUUGGGAUGGUUUUUCUGUGGAAGCCUUUUCUGGCCUGUGGGAUUAUUUCAAACUCUCAGCAGCUUCUUGUGUCAUGAUGUGCUACUUUUCUUAUUCUCAGCUUUACUAUUUCUCGAUUCAUUUUUAUUUAUUUUUUUGCCUGUCCGACUCUGUUGUGCGGUUGUGGCCUUAUGUGAUGGUAACCGUUAGGAAGUUGAAAAUUUUCAGCUUGGAGAUUUGGUACUAAAAUUGCGGUGUCAGCUCUGGCGGUCAGGUGUGUAUUUAUGUGCUGAUCGAGCUUGUAUUUCAAAUCUCCGAAUAUUUUUUUUAAACUCAUUAUGAAUACGAAUAAUGAGUUUUCAGUAUGAACAUUAAUUCGUGGGAAAUGAUGAUUCCAAUUUAAUUUUUUGCUGCAACUGGGUAAUUAUCUAUUUCUGGAUCUAUAUUGAACUUAUGAAAAGGGUUACUUGUAAGACUUGGUAUUUCAGUGUUAGCUUAUAUUAUCAGAGUAAGGGCUGCAAACGAGCUUGGAGUAGGGAAUGGUAAAGCUGCGAAAUUUGCCUCCAUAGUUUCAGGCACCACUUCUAUGUUUAUAGGCCUCUUCUUUUGCACUCUAAUAAUGAUUUUCCAUGGGAAGUUAGCAUUGCUUUUCACCUCGAGCGAUGUUGUCAUCCAAGCAGUUGAUAAGCUAACAUUUCUCUUGGCCGUCACAAUUCUCCUUAACAGCAUUCAGCCGAUUCUCUCAGGUAUAAUUUUACCUCUCUUAUCCCAUUAUAGACUAGCGCCAAUUAGGUUCGUUUCUUCUAUCAACAGGACUAGCUGUUGGAUCAGGAUGGCAAGCAUUGGUAGCGUACAUAAACCUCAGAUGCUACUAUGUAAUUGGACUUCCUCUUGGCAUUACCCUUGGAUGGGGUUUCCAUAUAGGUGUUGGGGUUAUGUACCAUUGACCAUCAUUUCGUCUAGAAAACUUAUUUAGUUAAACUGGUGCACUUUGAAAGCCUCAAAUUUUCGACAUAUAAAUUUACAGGGAAUAUGGAGCGGGAUGAUAGGUGGAACUGCUGUUCAAACCUUGAUUUUGAUCAUCAUUACCGUUAGAUGUGACUGGGAUAUGCAGGUGGUUCCUGGUUUGAAACUAUGCUAUAUGUAAUUCAAUAUCACUCUCUAAUAUUUUGUUAAAAGUCUAUAGGCUGAAAAUGCAAGCUUGCGGAUGAAAAUGUUGGCAGCUCCAUCUUAUAAAGCAUAGUCAUAGACAGUAUCACCAGUUGAGCCUUGGGAGAGCAAGGCAGCCCGGGAUGGAGCUAAAAUUUCUUGGAUAUAUUGCUAUUUAGUUUUGCGCAAACUUGCCUGUUGCCCAAAAGAGAGAUUGCAGAUGCAUACCGUUAAAGUAAAAUUUAAUACAUGUACAAGUUAAAUUCAAUAGAUGUACCAAGUCGGACUGAGUCAACGGCAUGUUUAACCCGAUUCAAUGACUUUGUUCAUGGCUGCAGACUCCUUUAUGGAUGGGUUUAUCUUAAACA